AAAAAUAUUUUAUUUAACAGUAUACGUAUAUUAUUUAGAAGUAUUCAUUCAGAUAAGAGAAAGUAUAUGAACUGAAUAUUUUAUUACGAAAAAGUUGCAGAGGAGGUCGGUCAAACAGCAAAGCAAGAGUUACUAAAAGAGGAACAAUAAAGAUUUGUAAAAAUGUCUAUUGAUUGGGCAGCAAUUAAUUCUAAACUACCUACUGGAAGAAGUGAAGAAGAGAAAGAACAACGACAAGCGCUGUUCAAACAAUUUGAUAAUGGUAAUGGAUUUUUAUCGUUAGCAGAAAUUGAUAAAUCUAUCGGAAACUUGCUUCAGUUAGACGAUGUGUUUGAUAUUAAGCCAGCUAUAAUGAGGGCAUUUCAAUUAGCAAAGAGUGUUGUAAAGUCUAGUAAAAAGUCGGGUGACGACUUUAUUGAAUGGUGUGAGUUUAGAUAUUUUCUUCUUUCUCUUCGACAGUACCUUGAGUAUUAUGAAGCAUUCGAACGCAUUGACAGCGACUCGAAUCACCAAAUUUCUUUAACAGAAUUUAAACAAGCGCAAGAAAAAAUUGAGAAAUGGGUUGGUCCGAUUUCGCCCGAGGAUGAGUUUAAUGCGAUUGACAAGAAUGGAGGGGGAUCAAUUUUGUUUGAUGAAUUUUGUGAUUGGGCAAUUAAGAAGAGUCUUGAUCUAGAAGAUGACGUUGAUUAAGUAAAAUUUGUUGUAAUUUUUACGAAAAUUUGUUAACAUAAUUUUGUGCACAAUAAUUUCUCUUGGUUA